UCGAUGGUUUUAGAAUUGUAUGGUGCGAUAAAUUAAUGGUUUUUUUUCGACCAAACAUCUAACGAGAAAUCUGAAACAAAACACACAAAAUCACAGUCAAAAGUGAAUAGCUUGUACAAUUUUGUUAUAAAUUGGUUGGUUCCUUUGUAUUCUGUGAGCUACUUCGUUCGUAUUUUCCCCUCACUAGGCAGCACACCUUGCAGCUUGAAUAAGUUCGCUCAACAACACAAGCUGCAAGUAAACAAACAUUUUUUGUGUACUUACCUAGACCUGUGGGAAAACUGAAAACUGUAGCCAUGUGGAAAUUGGGCGACGGCAGCAUUUCAAUCAGCAAGUUCUUGGAGGCGUACCAGCAGCAGCCUUGCUUGUACAACCCACAAUUGGAGACCUACAAGAGUCGUGUUGCCCGGGAGGGGGCCUACACUGCGAUGAUCGAGGCCCUCAACAUUCCACAGCUGUCGAUCCACGAUAUCAAGCGGAAAAUCAAGAGCGUACGCACCGUCUACUCCAAGGAGCUGGGCACUCGCAGGCGCUUCAAGGAGCAGGGCAAGCCCUACGACACGAAGCUCAUUUGGUUCAAUCUGGCCGAUUCCUUUCUAAGCAACGUUUCGCAUUCCCACGGCAGGAACCGAAAGAAAACGACAGCGGUGAAUCCAGGAAGCAGAAUCCUCUUCAAUGCCACUUCGGACAUCAGCAUGAGCGAGGAUGCCAUAGAGGCGGCGGGUGGUGACGAAACGGAUGAUGUGAGCAAUACGGAAAGCACCAGGCGGCAUCCUGUGGCCCGGUACACUCCCGAUGGUCGCAGCAUUCGGCAGAGCUCCACGCCCAAUGCCAGCGCACGCAGAUUGACCUACGACCUCACUAUUGAUGAUUCCAUUUUAGAGGAAAAUCCACAGGCACAGGAAGAGCUCACGGCUCAGAGCCAACCAAACGCACAGCAGCAGAGAAAACUUUUUUACAAUUCUUCAGCAGCUGCACUGGGCCGCAGCGUUCAGCCGGAGUCGGAACAGCAGGUCGAUCCACCAGCACCAGCACUAGCACCACCACCACCAGUGGCAGUGGCAGCUGCCACACCACAUCCCGAUGAUGAUAUGACGCACUUUGGCCAAAGCAUUGGCUCGCAGCUGCGGCAGAUAACCAAUCCGUACAGCCGCUCCUGGGCCAAGCUGCGCAUUCAGCAGAUACUCUUCUCUGCCGAGACCGGAAGCUUUGAAAGCUCUGCUGGGAACCUUAUUGAAGCCACAAAUUUCACAUCUCCUGUGUAGAUUACCGACUUGCAAGGUCUUAUUAUUAAUUAUUAUUGUACCUUUAGAUGGGGGUAUAUCGAUUUUAUCCAGCAGAGCAGGAAGCAUACGCGUCUUUUUACAUGCAAAAAAGUACCCCAGUUCCAAUUUAUGUGUUUAUUUGUAUCACCAUGUCAUAUAGCUUAAUUGUAAAUUUAGGUAUUAAUAUUUUGUUAUUUGGUUUAUUUUAUUUAGUAUUCUAAUGAAUCCUUAUGUUCGAUGGCACAUAAGAAAGCAUCUCCAGUCCUAUAAAGUAUAAAAAAUAUAUAUUCUCACAAGUUCACAAAGGUUUCAAAUUUGUGUCUAUGUGAAUGUCGCGUCGCGACGCUAAUUUUUAUAUUUUGUUAAAUUUUGAAGUCUAGUGUAAGAUAGUUUAGGGCGGAGCGGGAGCGCAAGAAAGCUCUCUCUAGCUCUUGGCGAAUUCGCCCCGCUUCACCGCCCUAGAUAAGUUAGUUAAGCCUAAUAACGUUAUAACGUGGAAGAAAAGAAGUCGUUAAAUAUCAUUGAAUUCGAGCGCACGUCCCUUUUUUAGUCUUCCCUUUUCUUCGAAAUAUACAUGUAACAAUUUGCAGCCACCAAACUCAUUUCUCAAAUUUCAGUGAGUUUUUUACAUAGAUUUACAUUACAUACAUUAAGAUUUUAUCCAAAUCAAAUUUGUCAUUUAGUUGCCCUAGUUAGUAACUAAAUAUUUACAUACACUGCUCAGCAAAAAGUCGGCAUCGAAAAGUAUACAUUAUUCGUCCUGCAGUAAGGGUAUUUAAAUUUUAUAAGUAACUGUUUUUAUAGUUUAUUUAAACGAUCCCCCUAAAACGAAUAUAAUAUUUUA